AUGCUGGACCGCGCAUUUGUCUGUGCUCAAUGCACAGCGCGAGUGACUCGUCCUGUUCUUAAAACCAAAGCGCCCUUCUCCCUAACUUCCCGCCGUUUGAGCAGCAAUGCGACUCCCUACCGCCCCACCCGCGUUGCCAUUGUGGGCUCCGGACCUGCGGGAUUCUAUGCAGCUGCGCGCUUGUUACGCAAGCAGCAGGAUGUGGUGGUUGAUAUGUAUGAAAAGCUUCCAGUGCCGUUCGGAUUGGCGCGCUAUGGUGUGGCCCCAGAUCAUCCCGAGGUAAAGAAUUGUGAGGAGACAUUUACAGAAGUCGCAACGUCCCCACGCUUCAACUUUGUCGGCAACAUCGACCUCGGUAACGACUUGCCUCUUACUGCGCUUAAACCACAUUACGACGCCAUUUUAUUCGCAUACGGAGCCUCUAAAGACAAAGAGCUUGGAAUCCCGGGGGAGAAAGCCCUCCGAGGUGUAUAUUCAGCUCGUGCGUUUGUCGGGUGGUACAAUGGUCUACCCGAACACUGCGAUCUACAACCCGACCUGACAAGCGGCGAAGAUGCCGUGAUUGUUGGCCAGGGUAACGUGGCUCUUGAUGUGGCUAGGAUAUUGUUGACAGAUGUGGAUGCUCUUCGCACUACUGAUAUUGCCGACUAUGCUCUUGAAGCUUUGUCCAAAAGCCGCAUUAAGCGGGUACGAGUCGUUGGCCGCCGAGGACCCCUACAGGCCGCAUUUACUAUCAAAGAAAUUCGUGAAUUAUUGCAAUUGCCCUCCGUUGCAUUUGAUCCGAUUUCGAAAGACAUCUUUCCUCCCGACGAUGUUGUGAACGCGUUGCCUCGGGCGCAGAAGCGUCUGAUGCAACUUCUUGGUAAAGGCUCUACCAAUGACCCUCAGAAAUCAACCAAAUCCUGGUCAUUAGAUUUCCUUCUCUCCCCAGACUCUCUCCAUUGGUCACCGAUUCACCCGUACCAUCUCAGCCAUGCCAAGUUCUCCCGCAACGAACUCGACUCUGCAGACCCAUACAACCCAAGCUCCAAGGUUACACCCAAGUAUCUUUCCAGUGGAAAACCUGCGAUGGUAAACCUUCCUGCCAGUAUCUUCUUCCGCAGUGUAGGUUACAAGUCGUUACCCUUACCCGGUCUAGAGGAUAUUGGGAUUCGAUUUGACGAUCAGCGCGGUGUGAUUCCCAAUGAUGGUUUCGGUCGAGUAAGAAGCCCCUCGAGCGCAGGUGAUCAGCAGAAGCUGCCCGACGGUUCUGUGAUUGCCCAUUUGCCCGGCUUGUACUGUGCCGGGUGGGUCAAACGCGGCCCAACCGGUGUCAUCGCUUCGACCAUGACCGAUGCCUUCACCACAGCCGACUCGAUCAUACAGGACCUUGCUAGCCAUAGUGGCUCUGGCUCAUUACUACAUGAUCCCGAUCACAGUAGCGGUCUUGGUUGGGACGGGGUCAAGGCCGAGGCAGAGUGCCGCGGUCUCCGGUCAACGUCCUGGAAGGACUGGCAGCGGAUCGACGCCGCUGAGCGCAAGCGCGGUCAGCAAAAAGGCAAGAUUCGUGAUAAAAUGGGACGUGUGGAAGAAAUGCUCCAGGUUCUUGAUUGA